GCGUGGAGAUGAAUCGCUCCACGAGAUGUCUGAACACGACCCAGCGAAUCGUAGACCCGAACCAGCACGAUUGAUACUGCUCGAUCAAGCACAGCUCCAAUCACCAGGCACCAAAAUUCGCGUGCUGGGCUGUGUCCAUGCAUACCACGUUGAAAGUGCAACGCUCGUCUUGAAGAUCGACUACCCUGGAACCAGGUCGAAGACCCCAACACUCCUAGCGACUAUCGACAAUGUUCUUGAAAAUGUCAACCAUGAUUUGCUGCAGGUUGGAUCCUGGCUGAAUGUUGUCGGAUACGUUCAGAAACCAGUCAAAUUUGAGAAUUCGAUGCGGAACUCGAAUUCUCAGCCAUCCAGACGAAGGACACGACGCGUGACUCCCCUUGUCGAUGUCCUCAUGAUCUGGUCUGCAGGAGCAAUCAAACUGGACGACUAUCUGUCUGCAGUGCGCAGCUUUCAGGAGACUCUGCCCGCGAGACCAUAACAAUGCUGCCCGACGGGGCUGUAUGCCACUCCUUCGCUCAUGCUGAACGGCAUGCUUUUGCUGCUUCCGACGCCAUGUGUUGAGGGACUAGUCGCGAGAAUGGAUACAUUCAGCUGCUCCCAGGCUACCAACAGGAUAUCCUCGCUAACUUCCUUCUCUGCUCCGACGACAUAGCUGGACCUAUGUCCGGCUUCGAUGUCUUCCCCAGGGGGCGAUCUGUCAGCUUCUGCUGUUCUUGCGGUAAAGAGGUCGAGGCGGAGAUGGAUGUGUUCCCCGGGAUGGUGGAAGUGGCACGUAUGCCGUAGUACGAGUAAUUCAUGGACUUGCUAUCGCAAAGUGUACAACCAAAGAGGAAAGAAGGAAUAUGGCUUGUUC